CGAGUGGUAGAAAGCCAAUUAUUUACUAAUGUGGUAAUACGCGAGACGCGAGCACCGGUUUUACCGGCAGUGCAAGUCCGUGCGUCCCGUCGCUAAGACGCUGCCAGAAAUGCAGACUAAAUACACCACGACACUGUUAUAACAAUGAUUGCUGUUAUUAUUGAAAAAAUAACAAGUGCUCUGUGUUAUUUUUAGUGACAUUUUACUAACAUAUUUUUUUGUUUCGAAAAAAUGAAUGAAACAGUGGAUAAAGACGCUUGGUUGUGGAUCCGUGAUGUGAUGAGGUCUUGGCUCGAAGACCCUGGUGUGGAAGAACACCAGGGUCUCAAUAUGAGCGCCCUGAGUAUGGACCAAGCCUAUAUUGUCGGGGUUACUGAUAGGGAUGUUGGUGUUUACGCGGUGUCAGACGACUGUUUCAGGUGCCCAUUCGAACUACAGAAGAAUCUUUCUCCGGAGACCGAGGGCUGGUGGGUGGUGAACACAGCGAAGCGUUCGACCUGGCGCGUGUAUUCAGACGCUACAGAAAAUUACACAAGCGCUAGAAAUACUUCGGGCUUGUUGUGUCAACUCCGACCCAACUUAGGGGAGUUUGGGGUUUACACUUUAAAUACAACUGGUGAGGGAUGCACCAUACGAACAACUAGAGAACCUGUUGACAUAUAUAUGCCGCUGCUCCUUCUACUGGGAGUGUUGCUCGCGGCAUGGGUGCUGUACGGUAUGAUGAGGCUUAUAAUGUCAAGAGUGAGAAGAUCAGCAAAGCUUCGGUAUGGAGACAAGGAACUGGCCAUUCAGCAACGGCUACGCGCCCUUGAUACCUUUAGAGGGAUUGCCAUAGUAUUCAUGAUAUUUGUAAAUGAUGGGGCCGGUGGAUACUGGUGGUUGGAACACGCAACAUGGAACGGAUUGGCUGCUGGCGAUCUGGUCUUUCCCGCUUUUCUCUGGAUCAUGGGCGUAUGCAUACCACUCUCGGUGAAGAGUGCCUUCGCUAAGGGAGUCCCGAGAUGGAAAAUUGUUUUUCAUAUCGUUAGGCGUUCAGUAAUGAUGUUCCUUCUCGGUAUAUCUCUAAAUACAAUCUACGGAUCCAACAUGUUGGGCGAGCUGCGGAUAUUUGGCGUGCUGCAGAGAUUGGCUGUAGCAUAUCUGGUUUCCGCUGGUUUCUACGCGCUCACCGCCCCUAAGUACUACACGCCUCCAAGGGGCGCGUGUGGGCAGGCGUUAAAAGACGUGCUGUCGUGUGCGUGGUGCUGGGUGUUGGCGGGCGUGCUGAUAGCAGUCCAUAGCGCUAUCACAUUAAUCAUACAUGAUCCUGACUGUCCGGCAGGAUACCUUGGUCCCGGUGGUAAGCACGACGAAUGGGUCGCUCCGGAGUGCAGCGGGGGCGCCGCGGGGUACAUUGACCGAUUGCUUUUAGGAGACUCUCACCUCUACCAACAUAGUGACGCUAGGAAUGUGUAUGGUGGACCAGUGACCGAUCCAGAAAGCUUAUUAGGUUGCCUCACGUCGGCCGUGCAGGCGUUACUGGGGGUGCAGGCGGGCGCGACGGUGCUGCUGCAACGCUCGCACAAGGCGCGCGUGUCCCGCUGGCUGGCGUGGGCGCUCGUGUUCGCGCUGGCGGGCGCGCUGCUUGCGGGCUUCUCCAGGGAACAUGGCGUCGUACCCAUCAAUAAGAAUCUUUGGUCCAUGUCAUUCGUGCUGGUAACGUCGGCAGUUUCGCUAGCGAUACUCAGCAUCUGCUACACAUUCACCGACGCGUGGCGUCUGUGGGGCGGAGGACCCUUCCGAGCUCCUGGCCUUAACGCCAUCGCUCUCUACAUAGGACACUCGAUAUGUGCCCACUUGUUCCCCUUCCACUGGAAAGUACCUUUAAUGAGAACGCACGCCAUACGGCUGAUAGAAGCCGUAUGGGGAACUGCUCUAUGGGUGAUCAUCGCACAUAUUAUGGCGAAGAAAAAAGUAUUUAUUACGCUCUAAGAAAAAGUUUAAAAAUGAAUAUCGCCAGUUAGAAUAUUACAAAAAGUGUUGAUAAGUUUUAUUAGACAGCCAAAUACGAAAAUUACAAUUUUAUCUCUGUGUUGGUUAUCUUUGAUUAUUUAUCGAUCAUGGUGCUGUUUACGGCUGCGUUUAUGAUGCUUACUUUAAAAUAUCCCUUACAUAAGAUAUUUGUAAAUAGUCGACAUUGUAUUUUUACAUUCGACAAAACGUUUACUUGUAUUAU